GGCGCAUGUGACAAGAACUAUUUGAUUUGAGUGAUAUACUGUAUGCUUCAUUAAGGAUGGCUUCAUCUGUACCUCAGAGGUGGAACGCCAAAUCAGAUUGUCUGAGGCCGGUAACAUCAACAGUGAGGACAAACCCAGCCUGCCUCUUUCCUUCCACACUGAGUCCAAACCUACAGCCACUGGGUCCUGAUUGUGACAGUGGAGCCCAGUUUGCUCUGCAGGAUCCAGAGAUGGCAUCAGUGAAGCUGGAAGACUGCAGUCAAACACUGGAGCUGAAUGUCAACAUUAAAGAUGAAGAGGAGGAGAAAUCGGUUUCUCUUAGACAACUAGAAUUAAGUCUGAGUUCGGUAACAUCAAUAGUGAGGACAAACCCAGCCUGCCUCUCUCCUUCCACACUGAGUCCAAACCUACAGUCACUGGGUCCUGAUUGUGACAGUGGAGCCCAGUUUUCACUGCAGGAUCCAGAGAUGAAGCUGGAAGACUGCAGUCAAACAAUGGAGCUGAAUGUCAGCAUUAAAGAUGAAGAAGAUAAGAUUGAGAAAUCUCUUUCUCAAGGAGACCAUGUUGAGACAUUCUCUACAUCCAGAGAGAAACAGCAGGAAGAUCACAGAGCUAAGAGGUCUCACCACUGCCCACAUUGUGAGGAGAAUUUUUCACUUCUAUCAAAGCUAAAAUUACAUGUAAAAAUACACACAGGAGAGAAUCUGUUUUCCUGUACUGACUGUGGGAAGAAUUUCACAACCUCAAAGGCUCUGACAGUUCAUCAGAGAGUGCACAGAGGAGAGAAGUCAUACCCCUGCUCUGACUGUGGAAAGAGUUUCUCUCAACUGUACAACUUAAAAAGACAUGAACGCAUACAUACAGGAGAGAAGACUUACUCCUGCUCUGACUGUGACAAAUGCUUCAAAAGAUCAACUGCUCUAAAGGUUCAUCAGAGAACACACACAGGAGAAAAGCCUUACUCCUGCUCUGACUGUGAAAAAUGCUUCAAAAGAUCAACUGCUCUAAAGGUUCAUCAGAGAACACACACAGGAGAAAAGCCUUACUCCUGCUCUGACUGUGGAAGGAGUUUCUCUAAACUGUACAACUUAAAAACACAUGAACGUGUACAUACCGGAGAGAAGCCUUACUCCUGCUUUUACUGUGAAAAAAUCUUCAGAACAUCAUCUGAUCAAAAAGUUCACCAGAGAACACACACAGGAGAGAAGCCUUACUCCUGCUCUGACUGUGGAAAGCGAUUCUCUCAACUGGGCCACUUAAAAACACAUGAACGUGUACAUACAGGAAAGAAGCCUUACUCCUGCUCUGACUGUGAAAAAUGCUUAAAAACAUCAGCUGAGCAAAAAGUUCAUCAGAGAACACACACAGGAGAGAAGCCUUACUCCUGCUCUGACUGUGAAAAAUGCUUCAAAACAUCAACUGAUCGAAAAGUUCAUCAGAGAACACACACAGGAGAGAAGCCUUACUCCUGCUUUUACUGUGAAAAAUGCUUCAAAACAUCAACUGAUCGAAAAGUUCAUCAGAGAACACACACAGGAGAGAAGCCUUACUCCUGCUCUGACUGUGAAAAAUGCUUCAAAAGAUCAACUGCUCUAAAAGUUCAUCAGAGAAAUCACACAGGAGAUAAGCCUUACACCUGCUCUGACUGUGGAAAGAGUUUCUCUCAACUGGGCGACUUAAAAACACAUGAACGUAUACACACAGGAGAGAAGCCUUUCUCCUGCUCUGACUGUGAAAAAUGCUUCAAAACAUCAACUGAGCAAAAGCCUUACUCCUGUUCAUUCUCUCACUGGGCCACUUAA